AUGAUUUUGAUUGUCCAUUCGAUUUGUACGUAAAUGAAUCGUCAGAUAAACUUGAUUCAAAUGUUUUUCAACAAGGACAAAAAUCAGAAUAUCGUGAUCGUAAUUUAUUGAUAAUUUUUAAUUUAUCUUAUUCCAUUCAUAAGAAAGAAAUUCAAUCAUAUCUGCAGAGUUUAAUAAAAGUUUUACAAAUAUUAUACAAUGAAUGUUAUAGCUGUCAACCAUAUAUGCUCGCUUUUAUAACGGCCAAUAGCAAUUUUAAUCUGACUCACUGUUUGUAUAAAUCAUUAUCUGAAUUAAUCUGGAAAUUGGACCGGAAUUUUCGUCUAAUAGUUAUCGCUGGCAACGAUUCGAAAAGCAUGACUACAACCAUUCAUUUACGACCAAUUUUUGAUGGGUGUCGAAUGACAAAUUCUGUGUACAUACCAAAAACUGACGAAGAUUUUGAAAAAAUUAAAACAUCCUAUUUGAAAUGUAAUCUUAAACAACAACGAUUGAAAGUUGUUGUCAAUGAUUUUAAUCCACUUUGUUAUGUAAUUAGAUUUCCUAAUCUUCAAUUGAUGCCCUAUUCAUUGGAUCGAUAUUUUAUUGAUCUUAUAUCAACGAAAAUGAACUUUACCUAUGAUCUUAUUGAUGGUGAACAGAAUUGGGGUCAACUUAUCGGUCCAGAUAUAUGGAAAGGAUCUAUUGGUCAUAUUUUUAAUGGUACUGCCGAUAUUGGUAUCUGCGGAAUUUCGAUUUCCUACCCAAGAGCACUAGCGAUUCAUUUUACAUCGAUUAUAACAACUGAUGAAUUAGGAUUUAUAUCUCAAUCUCCAGCGGAAAAAACUCAAUUAUGGCUUUUUAUGAAGCCUUUUUCAGUGUUAUUAUGGUUAAUAAUCUUGAUAUCAUUUUUUGCCAUUUUACUAACACUUUAUUUGACAACAAAAUUUUUGGAUUAUACUCACGAUUAUGGCAAAGUGCCUUCAUUUGCAUCAAUGUCAAUGAAUCUUUAUGCCAUAUUAUUGAGCAAAAGUAUCGAUACAGAUACUCGUGAGCAUUAUCAAAUCAGAAUCAUUUAUUUGCUCUUCAUUUUAGCCAUGAUUGUUUUAUCACCCGCUUACUGUGCCUCAUUCUAUUCAUUAUUGACAAUUCCUAAAUAUCAAAAACCAAUCGAUACAAUCGGUGAUCUAUUACAAGCAGCUCAAAUGGGCUUUUACAAAAUUAUUACUGUACCACAUGGUGCAUAUUAUGAUACAUUUGUCAAUUCACCAAGUGCUCUAACAACUUUACAUAUUAUUGGUCAACAUUUAAAUCGAAGCAAUGAAAAAAUGGUAGACAAUGUUGUGAAUGGUAUCGAUAUUGUUCAGAAUGAUCCUGAAGGUCGUUACAUUUAUAUUAAUUCCAAAUUAAUUUUGAUAUUUUUAUCGAAAUUGAUGGCCAAAAAACCAUUACAUGUUGGUCAUGGUUCAUUUGGUGCUGAUUUUUUAGCCGUAGCGCUUGCUCGACAUUCACCAUUGAGCAAUGUGAUUGAUCUUUAUAUACAACUUACAUAUGAAUCUGGUUUUGCCUAUAUUUGGUUUGCUAAUAUCUCAAGAAAGUUAUCACAUGGUCAAUAUCAAUCCAUGUUUCAAUCACUUUUAUCUCCAUCAUCCUCAUCAUCACCAUCAUCAUCUUCAACAGUGGUUCAUGAUGGUGUACAACUAAUAAAGGAAUCAAAAUUAUUCUCAUGGAUUUCGUAUCAUCUAUCAAAAUUAACGUUGACAAUUUUCCUAUGAAUUGUAUUACAGAUAAUUCAUUCAUCCAUUUACCCGAGAAUAUUAUCGUAAUGAUGAAACAAUGCCAUAUAUACAUGUACCCGACGACCGGAUCGGUUUCGAAUAACCGAAUCAGUAUACUCUGUUCAUGCAUACAAUCGUGAUGUCAUCGGUUUCCGAAUGUAUGUAUGUGUGUUUGUAUCAUAUAUUGUGUGUGGGGGCAUCCCUUAUAUUGUCUUUAUCAAAAAUGGCAUGGAUUUGUUGAAAUUCUCAUUAUUCUCAAUUCCAAUCUUUCCACAUGUACAGUGUUGUUGCUUAUUUUUUUUCCUUUCGUUCCAUCGUUUCAUCAUAUCCGAUGUAAUGGAAUGAUCAUUUGGCCCUAAAUUUAUCGGUGGCCGGAUAGUUGAGAGAGAAAAAACGUGGAUCAUCAUAACGAUAAAAAAGAAAAAAACCGGCAGUAUAUAUCUAUAUAAUGUUAAGUUCCAUGAUGUAGAAACAGACACACACACACACACACACACACACUUAUAUAUAAGCACAGAAUUCCAUGAUUCCACCGUUAUAUGUGACAUGUCAUCAUCGUCAUCGUGGACGAAACGCAAUAAUACUGAAACAUAAAUGGCUGCCAUGUAUGUAAUGUAAUUUGAAGUAGCAAUGUAAAAGAAGAAACGGGGAAAACGAUUCUCACAUUUUAGUGAGCUCACACAUAUAUUCUAUGUAAUAAAUAAAUAUUCUUUUACAAUGAUACCAACAACAAACAAACAAAUAUUUCUUCAGGAACCGUUACUACUUCUUCCAUUUUUGUAAUGUUAUUUAUUGUUGUUGCUGUUUUUGCCUCAUCCUACGAAUGAAAUGUCAUUGUCAUUGCCGUAAUCAUGUUUUUCGAUUGAUUCAACCAUAUAUCGAUCAAUUGAUUGA